GGGAGCCUAUUUCCGGAGAGACAAAAUUUUAUUGCACCGGACUACCUACUGGAAGCUAGCUGCUGGAAAAGAUGCGGGAAAUUUGACCAAUAUUCCAAUCUCUCUUGGCGAGCACCAGGAACUGAUCUGUUUGAAUGGACUUAAGGACUGGGCAGAAACUAAAUAAACCCCGAAAUUUUGUCCACUUGAACAUUGUCGAACGCUACGGCCUAGAUUCGUGGGAAUCCUGGUGGACGAUGAUUUUGUUAGGUUCUACGACUAUGUAUAUGACAGCCUCAAUUCGCGUCAAUGGUUUCAUAUUCAUCCGUUUGUUUCGAGAUUUCCUACUCACUCGCGAAGAGGCCUCUUGGCCAUUCGCCGUACGGAGUUUCUUUGUGCAAGUCGCAGAAUCAAGACGAGUGUACAAGGGACAAGCCUUGAAACUAUUGAAUUUGCGAAAAGAUGUAGUUGCUGAGCAAGCGAAAUUUUUAAGGAUUUACCCGUUACGAAAAAAGGAUGUUCCCAUAAUAGCACCAAUCGUAGAGCAGUGGUUCUCACACAUGGUUAUACCUAGCACUAGAGUACUAACUGUCGUUAGUUCUCUGCUAUUUUGUGCGGGAUCCCUUGACACUGACAAGCGUUCAGGCGGGAUAUUUUACCUGCAGCUACAUAAGUCCUCUGUAGUCCUCUUCGACAAACGAGCUACUGGUCUAUCGACAACAAUCUCAUCGUUGUACAUGCCUGCUGUAUAUCCAAUAUGGAACGCGUGGCAGUCGUCUCCUAUUGAGCACAGUGUCUCUGCAUACAACUGCCAUUGGUUUGGCCAUAAAAAACAUGAGUUCAUUGGUGGAUACAUACGGCAUAAGGAUACAAGCUUGGCUUGUGCUUUCCCUUCUGCGGGCUCUUUUAUUGGCUGUGUAAGUAUUUCAAGGGAUUCCACAGUUUCUAAUACAGCCAAUCAGCUUGAGCGCAUUGUCAGUUAUGACUCCUCGUCAAAGUGCUCUCCGGUCGUAUAUAGUUUUAUCGCAGAUUAACAAAAAGGUACUGUUAAGAGCCCAUAUCUGCGUAUUCGUACUUGUUCUCUGUCAGAGCUUAUACAAGGAACUGAGUUAGCAGUUUUGAUGUUUAUCUAACAAAAUGUUGCAGAAGAAGAAGACAAGCUAAAGCAUGAAUUGACUUCAAUUAAGGAGGAACCGGGUGUGCCAUCAAACGCAAUCGAAGACGGCAAUCUUGCACCGUCAGCUUCGUCCGCCUCCGUUCAGCAACUGGGCAAUAUGGACGGACCUUCGACGGAAAGGCGCAGCAGAUGCUCUUCCGCUAUAUCUUCAGUAGUUGAUGAAACCGGAUCUGUUGUUUGUGUUGAGAUUCUUGCGUUACCGUUAUCUCAAGGUUUUUCCUAUAUUUUGACCCAUUUUUUUCUAACUUGAAGCAUGCUAUUUGUUUCUUUAAGAUCUUGUAUAUUAUGUAUUACAUUAUACGAAUAACGCAUCUUUUGUAAAUGAGCGCUUUUCUUUCAGAAGACAUAACGAAAGCCGUUGCAGAGAGGAAACCAAACGUCCCCCAAAAGCCCAAAACAUAUUUUGAAGCCUUACGUUCUCUGCUGACCGUUACAUGUUUCAUCGACACGUUAUCUUUUGCAGCCAUAUUUGUAAUAAUAACAGCCUUUUGUCAGGUAGUACUUAUAAUUUAUGAAGUAUGAAGGUAUUUACCGCACUUACAAGCGCAGGCGAACUAUCGGCACGUGUUCCAAUGAUUGAAGUUCAUUUUACGUUCCGCUAUUAGAGCUCGAGUUGUGUUGUUAAGAAAUACAAUUCAUUCUUGUAAAAGACUCGUGCAAUACACAUACCUUCGAAAUUUCCCGCCUUUAUGAGUAAGGCAUAAGCUAAUGGCGAUAGUGAUAAUAGUCCGCUUUAAGUGAACUGGCCUAAAAAUAGCUUGGCAGAAUCGUUUACGCUUGCAAAAGCAUGAUUAAACAGAUCACGCUGUUAUAACAGCGCCUUAAAGUUAAAAAAAAAAUUGUUUUCGAAAGCUUUCUGAACGUCCGCUCAUAGGUUGCCGUGGACUACGCUGCUGACAAGCGACUCGGCAGCAAAACCUCAACGUGGUGCUUUCACACGUAUUGCGUCGGCGAUCUGCUUUUCCGAGGAGUAGCUGGCUUAUUGUUGAAAGCAAACCACUCUCUACAAUAGGUGUAAUGACAAUUGGUAGGCACGUCGGUCA